AUGGUCGAGCGGUUCAAUCGCACGAUACUUCAACACCUGAGCCUGUUUGUGACCGAUAAUCACAAGAACUGGGACGACCUCAUACCCCUCUUCCUCCUGUCCUACCGAACAGCAGUCCACGAGGUUACCCAGGAGACACCAGCGAUGCUGCUCACCGGUCGAGAGUUACGUCUUCCGAGUGACCUCGUGUUUGGUCCGACGCCUGACUCAGAGGCUGCCUCCAGCACCGGCACCUAUCUUCGUACGCUACGCGCACGGUUGGACAUCGUCCACAAGUUCGCUAGGGAUCGCAUGCGGCAGGCGUUUACACGCAUGAAGACCCGGUAUGACCUUCGUGCGAACGGUGGUGGGUUCUCGGAGGGACAGCUAGUCUGGCUGUACAACCCGGUGCGUAGACGCGGACUUUCGCCGAAGUUUCAGCGGCCGUGGCAAGGACCGUUCACUGUUAUGAAGCGGCUGAAUGACGUCGUGUACCGACUCAGACGUCCGGGGCGAUCCAGACCUGUAGUAGUUCACAUCGACCGUCUGGCGCCGUACCGAGGCCCUGCCAACAACCAACACCCUCGGGAUGUCGCUCCGCAUCCUUCAGGAGAGGAGGGGGAGUAG